AUGUGCGUCUUUUCAGCAUGUGGACAGAUUAUCUUCGGUGUUGUGAUGAUCGGCUGCGUAGUACUGACUGCGAUACCGACAUUCAACGGAAAAUUUUUCUCAUGGGAUUGCCUGACCGACUGGGAAAAAUGUAAUCCUUUUGAACGGGAGGAGCAAGGGUACAUGAAAACAGUUGCCAUCUUCAUGGUCCUAGCGCUAGGCUUUGAAAUCAUAGCGCUGAUCUGGAAUCUUAUCGCUUUAAUUAUCUUCUAUUUCUUGACUAUUUGUAGCUCUUGUAGCGGCUCAACAACAUCCGCCGUCGGCGUUGGAGUUGACCCAAGAGGAGGGACUGGCCGGGAAGAUGGUGUCUCUCGGCGGAGAGGGCGCAUUUCCUCCUGGCUCAACCGUGCACUUCAAGACGGCUCUUGGUGCAUCACUUCAGGCUCAGGUGGUCUGCUUCGAUCCGGCUUUGAAGGUUCUUGCCGUUCGUGAUACAUCAAGUGGUAAACCUAUCCUGCGGAUGUUUAAUAUAGCGCUUAUUAGUGAGAUUCGGGAAAUAUCAGGGCCGGCUAAUGGUGAUUCACUAGAAACGAUGUUUUCUCCGAGUUCGAUGAGUAAUCAGCAGGUAGCUGAUCGGAGUGCAGUAGCGGAAAACCGUCGAUGUGUGGAAGCAAUGGAGACUGACGUCACAUUAGAUGGGCAAAGAGCAUUCAUUCAACUUCGGCGAACUCUUGACGAUGUUCGUUGGAGAGGCGAAGAGAUCUCGGUCCUAGAGCGUGUUGUUGUACGACCACCAUAUACACCUGAAAGUGCUGUAGCAUUACAGGAAGGUGACUCGCAAUCUCAAUCGGCACUUAUGCACGUUCGCAAGAUAUUGUCGAAGCCUUUCAUCCCCGAACAGAAGCUGACUGCAUGUUGUGUGGCUCCUGAAGGCAAUGGAGGUGUCUAG